CCGGCCUGGCACCCCGGCCCUGCCCUCGCACCUCUGCCGCCAGCCCACAGCCGGCGCCAUGGAGGAGGAGAUCGCCCUUCCUCGCAGCUGCCUGUCCGCCCCAGGGAGCCCCAGCGGCCCCGGCCGCAGCCCGGGCCCCGCACGGCGGCGGGACAUGCCCCUGGCCGUGGCUGCCCGCACGAAGCGGAGCUGCCUGUCGGUCACGCUGCGCCGGGCUGCCGGGGGCGGCGGGCCGCUGCCCUGGGAGCGGCUGCGGGGCCCGGGCCCUGGCACCCCGGCGGCCGAGGGGCCCCAGCGACACGGCAGCUCUGACGGGACCGAGGCCGCCCCGGUGGCGAAGAUGGGGGUGUCCUGCGCCCCACCACGCUCCGGAUCAGUGGAGGGCAAAAACGAAGCAGCCAUGUCUGAGCUGGUCCCAGAGCCACGACAAAAGCCAGUUGUACCAAUGAAGCCCGUGGGCAUCAACACCAGCUUGCUGGGCUACAUCGGUAUUGACACCAUAAUUGAGCAGAUGCGCAAGAAAACCAUGAAGACGGGUUUCGACUUCAACAUCAUGGUCGUAGGUCAGAGCGGACUGGGAAAGUCGACACUGGUAAACACCCUCUUCAAAUCCCAGGUGAGCCGCAAAUCUUCAGGCUGGAACCGGGAGGAGAAGAUCCCCAAGACAGUGGAGAUCAAAGCCAUUGGGCAUGUCAUUGAAGAAGGUGGUGUCAAAAUGAAGCUGACAGUCAUUGACACACCAGGAUUUGGGGACCAGAUCAACAAUGAGAACUGCUGGGAGCCUAUUGAGAAAUACAUCAACGAGCAAUAUGAAAAGUUUUUGAAAGAGGAGGUGAAUAUUGCAAGGAAGAAACGAAUUCCAGACACGCGCGUGCACUGCUGCCUCUACUUCAUCUCCCCUACGGGGCACUCCUUGCGGCCUUUGGACCUGGAGUUCAUGAAACAUCUCAGCAAGGUAGUGAACAUCAUCCCAGUUAUUGCUAAGGCUGACACCAUGACCUUGGAGGAGAAGACUGAAUUCAAACAAAGAGUGCGCAAGGAACUAGAAGUAAAUGGGAUCGAAUUUUAUCCUCAGAAAGAAUUUGAUGAGGACUUGGAGGAUAAAACAGAGAACGACAAAAUCAGGGAAAGCAUGCCCUUUGCAGUAGUGGGCAGUGACAAGGAGUACCAAGUGAAUGGCAAAAGAGUCCUGGGCAGGAAAACACCUUGGGGAAUCAUUGAAGUGGAAAACCUCAAUCACUGUGAAUUUGCCCUACUUCGAGAUUUUGUCAUCAGGACCCACCUUCAGGACCUAAAAGAAGUGACCCACAACAUCCACUAUGAGACCUACAGGGCCAAACGGCUGAAUGACAACGGAGGGCUGCCCCCCAUGACUGUGGAGACAGAGGAAAACCACGAGAGUAACCUGUGAAAGACCCUCCCCCUCCACGGUCACCUGGUGACUCUGGCUAGACAGCCCACCCCUGCUACCCUUGACUCAGCCGUGGGCCUGUCUCUGCAGCAUGUGCUCCGUGGAGGGAGAGGAUGCAAGUGUGAGUGCAGGCGUGCGUGUGCCUCCCCGUGUGCCGGAGGGGGACAGGGGCAUCUCCCCCGUCCUUCCCAGUGUCCCCAUUCUCGGUUUGUUUUUGCACAGUGGA